AUGUUGUUGGAUCGUCUGGCUCAGGUUUCCCCCGAACUGCUACUGGAAGCUGUGCGCAGGGUCUUCAACAGCACCAUGCAGUAAGACUAACUUUACCCUCGAAAGAAUGGCUCGAAAAGAAACUUGGCUGGACCCUAAUGGCGCGUGCGUCUCUCUCUCUCUCAGGACGUGGCAGACGGCCCCCUUCAUGGAGGUGGAGGUGGCCAUCCGGCUGCUCUACAUGCUGGGAGAGGCUCUGCCUGCGUCUCACGGCGCUCACUUCUCUGGCGACACGGCCAAGACCUCGGCCCUGCAGGAUAUGAUGAGAACGGUGAGAGACAACCCAAGGGUCCAGUCCACUAACGACCCCCUAAACCCACAGGAAAGUGUUUUUUAAUGUCUGACACCAUGUAUGUGUUCUCCUGUCCCCUCAGCUGGUCUCCUCUGGGCUCAGUGGGUACCAACACACCUCUGUGGCGCUGGAGUUCUUUGAGACGGUCGUUCGCUACGACAAGUUCUUCCUCGUGGAACCGCAGCACAUUCCUAACGUCCUGGUGAGUAGUGCAGUCACCGAAUCAUCAAUGAACUCUCUCUGUUUCGACCUUAACGCAGUGUCCUCCCAGUGUUGAGGAGAGUAGAGGGAGAGAGUGUACCCUUGGAUACUUGGGAAGGAGGUUUGGUACCACCACAGUGUGUCUGUGUUCUGUAGAUGGCCUUUCUGGACCAUCGAGGUCUGAGACACAGCAGUCCAAAGGUCCGCAGCAGAGUGGCCUACCUCUUCUCACGAUUC